AAUGCGUGUCACAUCGUGUCACAUUAACAUGUCAUACUAAUGUUAUACAAGGUUAUACACCUCAGAAGUAUUAGGAAUUAAGAUAAAAUGACUGUAAACUUGAAGGACAUUUUAGAAAAGUUAGGAUGGGAUGACGGUUUCCAGAUUCCCAUCGCCAAUGAUGAAAACAAGGAGCUAGAGCAGGAGUUGGCUAGAUUAACUUUGAGGAAGACUAAGGCAAAAGCCUUGUUUGAUAAUGUUGGCGGACGGCUAGAAGCAUUGAAGGAGAAUUUCAAGUAUGUUGGGCAAGAAAAUGAACAAACUCAAAGACUGAUCAGUGCACAUAAGCAGCAGUAUGACGCAGUGCAGAAUCAGUACCACCUCUUCAAAGCUGAAGAUGAGAAUACCAGAAUGUCGAUCAAGAAGAUAGCGAAGCAACUCUCUGACGCAGAGCGAAUGGAGGAAUCAAAGAAGGCUGAUUUGAGGAAAAGCAUUGCCAAAGCUGACCAGCUUAAAGCAGAAAUGGAAUGGGAUACUGAAGCACUCAAAGGAUGGGAAGAGGCGCUCAGAAAACGGGACGACGAUAAUGGAAUACUGAAGAAGUUCUCCCGAGAAGACGAAAUGAGAUACAAUGAGCUCGAAGCAAGGCGUCUGAUUCUCCAAAGCGAGUGUCUUACCAAGAGAGAGACAGUAAAAAGAAUUGCAGCUGAAAGUCACAGUUACGAAAUGGUUAUUGAUAGGUCAGGGAAAGCUAUAAAACAACAAAUGGCCGAUCGGGAAUCAUUGAUUCACCAGUGGAAGGAUGCGGUGAAGAUGUUGCAACAAAGAGAUGUGGACAUUUUUCGUGCCCAGGAACAGAUCCAAGCAGAGUACGAAGCCAUAGCGAAGCAGGAAGUCGUACUGGAGGAAGAACACAACUUUCUCAACAACCAGAAACGAGUCAAUCAUGAAAUAGAACUGGAGAUCCAAAGCAUCAACAGCACGAACUGCAGAAUGAGGAGGGAACUGGGAGAGCUUGCGCAGGUCAUCUUGUUAAUGAACAACGAUCAUGACACAUUAAAACGAAGAAUCGUUCAAUCAGCUCAACAUCUGGAAAAUGCGAGGCUGAAAGGAAAAAGGUUGGCUGAAAGAGCAGCAGAAAUGGAACGCAUUUGUAGCAAAUUCAAAGAAGAACGGCAAGAGUUACUUCGGAAACAACGCGACGUCGACGAAAUGACAUCUUCGACUAAAGAACGAUUAAAAAAACUUGAACAGAUGAUAGACAACGAAGAAAGAUUGUACACCAUCUAUGUCUCUGAUACUGAGAAGAUCAAUUGCACUGUAUUCAGAACAGAGAGGUUUUUGAAGGAGGAGAAGGAGAUCGCAAAAUCCGUCGAAAUUGAGCUCAAUAAUAUAAUGUGCAAUUGCCACCAGUUACGGAAGUAUAUUAGCUCUUUGACUAAAGAUUUGGAUAAAAUCAGGGAGGUUGUAUACGAUAUGGACUUUAGAAUUGAUGAUAUAGAAAGAAAGUUGUGUGGCAUGCUAGAAGAAGAUAGUCAAGAAGAUGACGAAAAGAAAGACACUUUGAACAAACAAAUUCGGAAAAUGGAAGAAACUUUAGCUGAUCAGAAAGAGGUCCAGCGUGUCUUACAAGCUCAGGUAGACCGCCUUCAAGAAGAAAUGCGGAGUCUGACUAACUAUAUAGCACAGGAUAAGGAAAUGGUUCUUACUCUAGAGAACCGAUGUGAAAAUUUUGAACUGGAAUUCGGGAAUGGGAAGAAACAGAUUGCAGCAGCCAAGCAAGCUACUCAAGAGAAACAAGUUGAAGAAAAUAUGAUGUUGCUAAGGAUAGACCAAUUGGAAAAUGAAAAGAAGAAAGAGGAGAAACAUAUAUUUAGUUUAGAGACGCUUCGACUUAGCCUAGACCAGGCGAUACAAGAAAGGCAGAUAGAAAUUGACACGAAGCAGACAGUGAUGUUGGCAAAAAGAAGAAACUUGGACGAAGAAAGGGGUAGGCUUCGAGCUGAUGUCGCUUUAGUCAGAGUAAAGAUUGAGCAUAUAAAGAAAAAGUAUCACGUUGCAUGCGGUAACUUGGGAAGAGAUGAAGACGGCAAUCCAUUGACUGUUGCUCAUUUUAGAAUAAGAAACGCUCAGGAAAAGUUCAUGCUUCAACAGCAAGGAGACGAUCUCGACAAGAAGAUCCGAACUGCCGAAAAGGAAAUCACAGCUUUGGAAAAUACCCUAAAGAUAGUGAAUCUGACGAAUAGAUCUUUCAGAAACAGCUUGGCGAGCAUUAAAGAGGAUGAUGAAAAAACAAUAGAGAUGAAAGAACUAGAAGAAACUCACAGAGUAUUAAAUCAACACGUAAAAACGGUAAGACGACAGGUAGAAGACAAGAUCGGUAAAUUAAAAGACACUCAAAACCGUUUAUUAGCUGUCCAAAAGGCAACGGAAGAACGCCAAAAUUCUGUAACACAAUUAGAAGAAGAGAUUGAGAUGGUCAGAAGACAAGAAUUCGAAAAAACAACAAUGCUCAAGAGGGCAGAUUUUGCUAUUAAAAGAAACUUGAGAAAAAUAGGAAAGAUUGACAUCACCAAAUAUCAUAGAGAUUUCGAGAUCAGACAACUCCAAGACGUCAACAAGCAAGUGACAAAUGCAUUGUACGACUUGUCACUGGAUUUUAGUGAGAUGGCACCACAGGUCCACCUUUACACUGGGGAGUAUAGAAUCAAACUACCGGCGAUCAGAAAACCUCCAAGCAGUCAAUCAUCUCUUUCAACUUUGAGCAAUUGCUCAUCUUCGAGAGUUGUUUCAACUUCCACUUAUGAAGUGAGCACAUCAGUGUCAGUAUCAACAGUUAACUUAUCGUUUGGUUCAUGAAGACAUAUUUUUUGAAGAUGGAAAAAUUAUGAAUAUUCAAUAAAUGUAGUUCAUUCUUUUUUUAA